AUGGCCGACAUUUAUCAGAAUGCCUACAUAACGCUCGCAGCUUCCAAAGCAGUCGACUCCAGCCGCGGGCUUUACACCUCUUCCUUGGAUCCUAAACAUCAAUCGCACCAGCUGUCACUCAUGAAUGAUGUGGAUGAUUCAGAUCUCAAACUAUACGCGUAUUCGGAAUUGCUACAUAUUGAUAGCUUCUGGUCCUACUUCCCUAUCACAAAACGGGCGUGGGUGUUUCAGGAACGUCUGCUCUCAGGUAGAGUUGUACACUUUGCCGGUUCUGAAUUGAAUUGGGAAUGUCGCUCGGCGAGGACAUGCGAGUGCGGUGAGAUCUCAACCUCCACCUCUUUGCCUGAGAAGAUCCAGUUCUCAGGUAGUUUGGCCGAGUUGAGUGGGCAGUACAAUUGGAUUGCAGAAGGACUGCCACCCUCAGCACCAGGAAAUGGCCAAGACAAAAAUCUGGACUACAGCAAGUUUACCCCGGCACUACUCCAUUCGCCCAAGUGGACCAAAAGCGUCAAAACGUGGCGACAAACAGUACAGUCUUACUGUGCUCUGAACUUGACAUUUUCAAAGGACAUCUUCCCGGCUUUGGCCGGCAUUGCAAAAGUGUGGAAUCCCGAUUACGAGAAACUCUAUCGAGCGGGGCUAUGGAUGGACUCGUUACAUCUAGAUCUUUUGUGGCUCGUCUAUAAACCUGAAAAGCGUCCUAUUGCAUGGAGGGCCCCGACAUGGUCGUGGGCAUCUCUUGAGUACCACAACGACGACUUUAUUCGCUUCGACUCUGACUCAGAUUGCAGAAACUCUGGCAAGGGCAGCUGGUUCUCGUUGGGGAUGAUAGGGAGCGAAGAUUACUCUCCUGUUGCAGAUAUUCUGGAAGCAGUUUGCGUUCCAGCUGGUAUUGUCGAUCCAACUGGAGAGCUUGACUCUGCCUACCUUCUACUUUCAACUUUUGCGAUCUCCGGAACACUCGUGAAAUGGCCGGGAGUACUCGUUGAAUAUGGUGUCAGUCCUAUCUGGCUCGUUGUCGGGAACUUAUGGAUUAGCCAAGGCGACAGCCAUACUAGGGGCUUGCAUUUGGACGCUCCGAUCAUUGACGCGAAUUCCGGGUGGUCGAUUCCCGUUCGCAUUAUUCGCAUAACGGAUUUCGGUGCCAACACAGGCAAACAUCCUGAUAUGGCCUGUCUGGUGAUCCGAUCAAAACGAGCCGCAACCGCAGAUGGACACAUUGAGUAUGAACGUCUUGGUUACGUCCGAUUUAGCCCAGCAUUCGAGAUUGGUUAA